UCACACAGGGGCUGCUUCUGGAUCAGUUACUAUUACUCAAGAAAAAUGAAAAGUUGGCUUCUAUUCUUUUCAUUAUGGAGUUGCAUGGCUAGUCUUGUUUCAUCUGAUUGUGGAAACCCUCCAAAUGAACCCAAUGCUUAUCCUGAUUCAUCACAAAACACAGAAGGAGCCACUAUCACAUACAGUUGUCAUGCAGGCCAUGUUUCAGGAAGACGCAGUAAAUAUGAAUGUCAAAAUGGUGUUUGGAAAAGGAUAACAACAGGACGCUGUUCACCAAAGCAGUGUGGCCACCCAGGAGAUUCCUUAAAUGCUGAAUUCCAUUUAGAGGAAAGGGAUGACUUUAUUUUUGGGGCUAGAGUGGUAUAUGUUUGCAAAGAAGGAUACCAGAUGGCAAGCCAGCUUAAUUUCCGUCAGUGCCUAGAUGAUGGGUGGAGUAAUGAUGUUCCUCAUUGUGAAGUCGUAGUAUGCCCACAUGAAGCAAUAACAGAAAACGUAAUAAUCACAAGUGGGACAUAUGAAGAUGAUCAUCCAGUCCCUUUUGGAAAUGUGCUGCAGUUUGAUUGCAAAAAUGCAAAUCUCAAGCUUAAUGGCCAAAGAGAAAUAUAUUGUACAGCUCAAGGAACAUGGAGCAACCCAUUUCCUACUUGUACUGAGAUCACCUGUGAUAAACCAGAUAUACCAGAUGGAUAUGUCCAACUCCAACGUGAUAAAGCAAAAUAUAAAUUUCAAGAGUCUUUGUCGUACGCCUGUAACAGGAUGUUCAAACCUGCAACAAAUACUUUCUCAACCUGUACAAAAUGGGGAUGGACUCCAGCACCAGUCUGUGAACCACUUACAUGUGAACGGCCUAACACUCAACAAGUUGGUUACUAUGACAAAUUCAAAUAUAACAUUGGUGAGAAGGUUGUUCUGGAAUGUCAGACUGGUUAUAAAACUCCUACUAAUGAACAACGGGACACGCUUAUUUGUACAGAAGACGGCUGGAAUCCAGAAGCACUUUGUGAACUAAUCAUGUGCUCCACAAGAACAGAGGACAGAAGAAUUAUAUUUAAUCCAGAGAAACGCCGCAUCAGUCAAGGAUGGUCAUGGUCAUAUUCAUAUUCAUUUUCUGAACACGAAGUAAUACAGUACUCAUGCGCUUAUGGAUUGAAGCAAGAGACAGAUACACGGAUAACCUGUGGCAUAAAGGGCUGGGACCCUUCACCCAAAUGCACUGAAAUUAUCUGUAAUAAACCAAAUAUACCCGGAGGAUAUGUCAUAAAUGGAAAAGAACAAUAUACAUUUAAAGAAACCAUGUCAUACGCUUGUCAAGAAAACUUUAAACCUACAACUACUACUACUUUAACCUGUACAGAACGCGGAUGGAAUCAGGGUCCAGCCUGUGAAGUAAUCACAUGCUCAACAUUAGGACAUGAUGAAAACAUUGAAUUUCACCAAUACAGUGGAAGUUCAAGUUCAGUUUCAUAUUCAUGUCGUGAUGGCUACAGACCAGCGACAGAACAACAACUAACCUGUCGUCAAAAGGGCUGGGAACCAUCUCCAAAAUGCAUUGAAAACAAAAAGAGUUGCAUGUUACCUAAUAUUACCAAUGCACAUAUAUAUGAUCCAAAGAGAGAAUACCCUUCAGAUGAAACACUGAUGUAUUCUUGUGAGAGUGGCUAUAAAUCAGCCACUGGCUUUUGGUGGGGUGAGAUGCUGUGUAAAUCUGGAGAAUGGCAGCAGAUUCCAAAAUGCAUUGAUGAAAAAACAGCUUGUCCAGAGCCACCUCAUGUGGAAAAUACAGUAAUUACAACAAAGCCCAAAGUGUUUGUAAAUGAGGAAGAAGUAGAAUAUGUGUGCAUAUUCACUAAUGAAAAGCUGAAAAAUAAAUGUGAGAAUGGAGCAUGGAUACAUGAUCUUCAGUGUGCAAAAAAAUGCCCUGUGCCAGAAAUCUCAAAUGGAUCUGCUAAAAAUCAAUCAAAAAAAUAUGACUAUGGCAAACAACUGGAAUAUGAAUGUAAUGAGGAGUAUACCCAUUCUAUGGUACCUUCAAUAUGUACCAAAAGAGGGUGGGAUCCCAUGCCACAAUGUACAAUUUUAACAUGUGAAGUUCCAAAUAUUGAUAACGGUUAUGUCCCUAAUGCUGCAAGAGUAAAGAAAGAACACAAAAUAAAUGACACACUUCAGUAUAACUGCCAUGGCAAAUGGAAGCGCUCCAGCAUCGAUCCUGUGUGCACUGCCAAAGGUUGGAAUCCAGAGCCAAAGUGUGAUGAUGGGAGAUGUUUAAUGCCUCCUAAAAUUGAAAAUGGAGACAUAUAUGGUGAAGUUGAACCAUGGUAUGACGAUGGUAGUCGUGUUACCUACAAAUGUAAAUUGGACCAUGUGGCUGAAGGAGAUAAAACUGUCACAUGUUUAACAGGAGUCUGGUCCAAACCACCUCAGUGCAUGAAGCCCUGUUUCUGGCAAAUUAAUGGGAAAAAUUAUAAAACCCAGCACCAAAAAAUCAUAAAAAUGUAUUGCCCAUCAUAUACUGAAGUAACAUGUAAAAAUGGAGAAUUACUUAACGCAUGUCCCGGAAUGAUACAGUGAAUUUAAAGGGCAGAGACACUAAGAAAACCCAACGUGCUGGCAGAUUUCAUUGAUUAUUCGAUCAAAUAUUUUAAUUUGCAUUGUUCAAUGUUGUGACCAUUAACUGUUUGAGAAAGCCUAUGGAUUUUAACUAAUUAACUGAUUUUUUUUUUAUCUGAACUGUUUAUAUGUGUGUAUUUUGUAAUGAUACGUAUUUAGUAUUAUCUUUAAAAAUCUUUCACUAAACGUCUCUUUAAAUUUCUCAUUUAAUGGAUUAAAAACCAGAAAAGCCUUUGUGACACGUGAUAAUAAUGACUCUGUAAACCAUUAAACAUGUAAAUUGCCAGGUUUCAUCUAGACGAAUAAAAGGGCAUUUUGAGUAA